GGAAGGGCACGGGAGAAUCCAUAGCCACUCAAAUAGCGACAGUCUCGAGCGAAUAUGGCCGACAUCCAGAACUUCCAGACCUUCGACGCCUUUGCUGAUGCCAAGGACGAUUCCAGCAUCGGCGGUGGCAAGGUUCACGUGCGUGUGCAGCAGCGCAAUGGCCGCAAGUGUCUGACGACGGUGCAGGGACUGGCUGAUGACCUGGACGUGAAGCGUAUUCUCAAGGCUUUCAAGAAGAACUUCAGUUGCAACGGUGCCAUUGUCAAGGACGACGAGCUGGGCGAGAUUAUUCAGCUAUCGGGCGACCAGCGAACCAACAUCCGCGAGUUCCUUUUGGACCAGGAAAUUUGCACGGACGCUCAAGUGGUGCUGCACGGUUUCUAAGCCGAUUGUAGGGGCCCAGGUGCUGUAACUUUAGCUGCUGCUGCUCGCAGCGUUUCGACGUCUGCUUGCUUGUGACACACAUGAGUUAGAUGAGAAGAGGGGGAGGGAAACGAGGUGGCGGACCUCACUUCCUACCUCUCGGCGGCUGUUGAAGGAAUAUAUUUGAUGCUUCACAUGUUGAGAGGGCCCUCUGUAGGGCUAUUGCACGCUUCCGAGCUGAAGGCUGUCAUAGGUUCCUUGAGAUCUCUACCAGAAUGCAGUGCUGAAAUGAUGAUGACCCAGCUCCCGAAAUUGCGUCUUCCCUCCAAACCGCUAGCAUGGACAUCUACGUGCGGUCGCUGAUCUUGAACUCCGGGAAGUCGAGGUCCGGCUGCCAGAUACCCUGGAUGGUUGGGCGCUUCGUGAAGACAGGCUUCUUGAUGUGCGUCAUUUUGCGACCACUAGAGUUGCGAAGGCGUUCCAGCUGCAGAAUCACAAGAAAAUAAAAUCGCCGGAAAAAGCGUUAGCAUAACUGUUAUAGACAGCGGCAAUGCAGAUUACGCAUUGCUACGAUCGUUCUGUGUAGUCACGCCUUGAUCCGCACCUGCUUCAUGAUGAAAGGAAUGUCCUGGUUCUUGAUAUCGGAUA